GUUUGCUGCAUUUGCAUCAUUUCAAUUCAAUCCACCUCGAUCGAACAUCUCAGCUACACAAUAAUCUAAGCCCACGAUGCAUUUCCCAGCCGAGGAAGACCACGCCGAGCAGGGCGAACUCAUCGCCAUCUCCGCCUUCCUGUCUCCCGCACAACUCGAAGCAUUGCAGGCCAAUCUUCAAGAGUCACCGCUGGUGCGCACAUCUGACGAAUACAAAAGCAGCCGAGGACGACCUGCACAGCUCAGCGCUCUCCGCAACGACUCGAUCACGGAUUCAUUACAACUUGAGACGCAAAAGUUCGCCUCAUCAGGUGUAACUUCCUCACGCGGCCUCUCCCCACUCCCACAACCAUCCACAUUCCUUGAGCGGGUCUCGAGGCAUCAGGGUGAUCUUCGAUGCGCCGUCUCGGGUGGAGCUUCUCCUGCUCCGUCGGUGGAGAUCAAUGGCGACGAAUUGAUCAUGGCCGACGUGGCCAGUGUGGCAUACUAUGGCGCCAAAGUCCACAUCACAGCCGACGAACACACUCGCCAACGGAUCGCCGACAGCGUCAACUUCCUUAAGGAACACCUUGACGAUGGUGGAGUCGUGUACGGCGUUAAUACCGGAUUCGGUGGCAGCGCGACCACACGUAGCGCAGACCUGGUCAACACCCAGAGAGGCCUCGUGCAACUUCUCAAUUCGGGGAUAAUCUUGACUCCCGAGGAUAAGAAAUCCGAGGUCUUGUCUUCUCUCAACAAACACGACAUGUCGCGGCCUGCUGUUCGAGGCUCCAUGCUCGUCCGCGCCAACUGUCUCCUUCGAGGCCACUCGGCUGUGCGCAUAGAUGUGAUCGAAACUCUCAUCAAACUGCUCAAUCUCGACUUCAUACCUAUGGUUCCACUACGCGGUUCAAUCUCUGCAUCAGGCGACCUUUCGCCAUUGUCAUAUAUUGCUGGUGCACUUACCGGAAGUCCCGACAUUCUCAUCGACUGCCUUCUUCAGGAUGGAAGCCGAGAGAUCAUGACUGCAGACAAGGCCUUGGGUCUGGCGGGAUUGAGGCCGAUCGUGAUGGGUCCCAAAGAGGGUCUAGGUAUGCUCAAUGGCACAUCUGUCAGCUGCGCUGUUGCUUGUCUUGCAUUGCACGAGACGCAAUACCUAGCUCUAGCUGCACAGGUAUUGACGGGUAUGUGCACCGAAGCCAUGGGAGGUUGUGCCGACAACUACCACCCUUUCAUCUCUCGGAUCCGUCCUCACCCUGGACAAAUCGAGACCGCCGCUAACAUCUACUGCCAAAUUUCGGGCUCGCGCCUAGUCUCUGGUAAGACGGGCGCAGCAGGCGAGCUGUAUCAAGAUCGUUAUGCCUUGCGCACCGCAUCUCAAUGGAUCGGCCCUUACCUCGAGGAUCUCUCGCUCUCGAUCGACCAGUUGACCAUCGAACUCAACUCGACCACAGACAAUCCUCUCGUCGAUCCCAUCAGCAGGACUGUCCACAACGGUGGCAAUUUCCAAGCCGUGGCCGUCACCUCCGCUGUGGAAAAGGCACGUCUCGCCUUGCAGAUGAUCGGAAAGUUGCUCUUCGCCCAGUGCACCGAGCUCAUCAAUCCGAUGAUGAACAACAUCCUCCCACCGAACCUCUGCUUCGAUGAUCCAAGCACAUCCUUCACCUUCAAGGGCGUCGACAUCAACAUGGCGGCCUACAUGGGUGAGCUCGCAUUCCUCGCGAACCCGGUCAGCUCCCACGUGCAGUCCGCCGAGAUGCACAACCAGGCGCUUAACUCGCUCGCUCUGGUCUCCGCCCGCUUUACCCUCGACGCCGUCGAAGUCGUCUCGUUGAUGACCGCCGCCUACCUCUACGCCGCCUGCCAAGCCCUGGAUCUCCACGCGCUCUUCAAAGAAUCCUCCAAGCUCAUCCUCAGCGCCGCCCGCUCCGCCUUCGACGCCCACUUCCCGCUAGAAUCCGCCUUUGCAAACAACCCCUCCGCCGCCGAAACCUGCUGGACGACCCUCGCCGCCGCGAUCCACGCCGGGCUGAUCGAGUACAAGAUUAAGAACCGUCUCGACCGCGCCCGCUUGACCGCCGAAGCAACCGUCCUCCCUCUAACCAAAGCCCUCCUGGCCAUCAACCCCACCAACACCGCCAUCUUCGCCAACCUGACCACCUGGCUCCCCACCCUCACCGCCAUCAUCGCCGACUCCCUCCUGACCGCCCGCCAGCGAUUCGCCUCCGCUUCUCCCGGCGGCCCCACCACCCUCCGAUAUCUCAGCCCGGGCUCCGCGCGCAUGUACCGAUUCAUCCGCGAGACCCUGAACGUCCCGCUGCACCGCGGCUUGAUCGAAGAUCCCAAUUUCCCCGAUGCGGAGCUGCAGGGGAUCACCUUGGAGGAUCCGGAGAAGGAGAGGAAGACCACGGGGUCAAGGAUCGGCGUCAUCUACAAGGCGAUCCGGGAGGGUUGUCGGAAGGGCGGCUUUGGGGAGGUUGUCGUUAGUUGUCUUUCUUGAUUUCUUCCUUCUUCGUGUGCGGGUUCGGCUAGAGUGUGGAGCGGAGGAGGCAUGGAGUCGGGAAUGGCGUUUCUUCGUCGCUGCGUUGUAGUUUCCACGAUACACCCGGAGUUUUCCAUGGUCUUUUUUGCAUCGGUUUUCAUCGUCACGCAUUCUAGUCUAUCGCGGUUGAGGCUUAUUGUCAACCCCCCCAUCCUUGCUUGACGGAACAUUUGCGUGCCGGAACACGAAACUCCCAUACUCGUACUUUCGAACACAUUAUCUUCCUCCAUCUAUCAGCGAAUCAUUCUCC